AUGUUUCGUUUGGUACGGCGUUUGCCUCGACGUGCUCCCGGUGUGUCCACUGUUUCUUCGCGCUCGUUGCGGCCUUUCACAAGCGGUUAUACUCGGAUGACGCCUCUUCAGCACCCCGUAUCCACCACUCUCCCCUCAGACGCAUACCAGCUGCUGUCCACACAAGAGAAAGCUGGUGAAGCUGAAGAUGCGCUUUACGACCAACAGCUUCGCGAUGUUGAAUCAUGGUGGAAUUCGCCUCGCUACGAAGGCAUCAAGCGCCCUUACACGGCGGCAGAUGUCGUGAGCAAGCGCGGCUCCUUUGCAACAAACCGAGCGGCUGCUGGUCAGCCCGUUCAUACCAUGGGGGCUAUCGACCCUGUCCAGAUGACGCAGCAAGCCCCCAAUCAAGAGAUUCUGUAUGUCUCGGGCUGGGCUUGCUCUUCACUUUUGACAAGUACCAACGAAGUAUCUCCGGAUUUCGGCGAUUAUCCCUACAAUACCGUCCCGAACCAGGUCCAGCGUCUGUUCAAGGCCCAGUCUAUGCAUGACCGGAAACAGUGGGACACAAGGCGAAAGAUGACACCAGAGCAGCGAAAGGCUACACCAUACAUUGAUUAUAUGAGACCAAUCGUUGCGGAUGGUGAUACCGGUCAUGGUGGUUUAUCGGCUGUUCUAAAACUUGCCAAACUGUUUGCGGAGAAUGGUGCCGCGGCCGUUCAUUUUGAAGAUCAAUUGCACGGUGGAAAGAAGUGCGGCCAUCUUGCAGGCAAAGUGCUCGUCCCAAUGGGUGAACACAUCAACCGACUAGUAGCAGCUCGAUUCCAGUGGGAUAUGAUGGGAUGUGAGAACCUGGUUAUUGCCCGAACAGACUCUGAGAGUGGCCGACUCAUCAGCAGCGCCAUCGAUGUGCGUGAUCACGAAUUCAUCCUUGGUAUCACGGAAGAUGUGGAACCUUUGGCCGAGACCCUCCAAGCUAUGGAACGGGAGGGUGCCUCACCUAAAGAAAUCGACGCAUUCGAGCUUGACUGGGUCAAGAGGCACAAGCUUGUUACAUUCGACCAAGCCGUCGAUGCUCAUCUUGAGUCAGAGGGCGCUCCCCAGUCUUCUCGGGAUGCGUACAAGGCCUUUGUUAAGAAGAAUCCUGAUCUUUCCUUCUCUCGUCGCCGUGCCCUGGCAAAUGAUUACACCAAAACACCUGUUGUGUGGUCGUGCGAUAGCCCGCGUACCCGCGAGGGAUUCUACCACUACUCCGCAGGGUUCCCUGCUGCGACCAAGCGCGCGAAGGAGUUCGCUCCUUACGCAGAUCUUCUCUGGGUUGAAACUGGUGACCCAGAUGUCAAGAAAGCUGGAACGUUGGCCGGUGAAGUGCGGGCGGCGUAUCCAGGCAAGAAGCUUGUCUACAAUCUUAGCCCUUCAUUCAACUGGAUGGGUCAAGGAUUUGAUGAGGCGUCGCUCAAGUCCUUUAUCUGGGAUAUUGCUAAGCAAGGAUUUGUCCUGCAACUUAUUUCCCUGGCUGGUCUUCACACUAAUGCAACUAUCACGACCGAACUUUCCCGUGCAUUCAAGGAUGAGGGUAUGCUGGCUUACGUCCGUCUCGUCCAGUCCCGUGAGAAGGAGCUCGGUGUGGAUGUUCUCACCCACCAGAAGUGGAGUGGCGCUCCCUACAUGGAUGGAAUCAUGGGUGCUAUCCAAAGUGGAAGUAGCAGCAGCAAGAGCAUGGGUGAGGGUAACACAGAAAAAGGAUUCUAA